AUGGAGGUCAACGCUUGUCGUGUUGCUGUGCUCUUCCUCCUGCUCCUUUCUCAGGAGACUGAGUGUGAGAGGAGAGGGAAGCAGGGGUUCACUCUUUCGGCCUGCACUCUGCAGGAGGAGGAGGAGGUCAUCCAGGAGGAGGAGCUGCAGGAGGAAGACCAAGAGACCAUCGACUCAUGGAUGCGGAAUAUCAAAGCCUGCACCUGUGACUGCAAGUCCACCGAUUCCCCGACUCGCAUCCCACCUGUCGCGUCAACCUCGCUGCCUCUGCCAACACAGCCGCCCCGGGGCCACUCCCUGAACUGUAUGCCAGAGUGCCCGUACCACCGAGCCCUGGGCUUUGAAUCUGGAGCUGUGACCUCCGAUCAGAUCAGCUGCUCCAACCAGGACCAGUACAGCGGCUGGUACUCAUCCUGGAUCCCCAACAAGGCUCGCCUUAAUAACCAGGGCUUCGGGUGUGCAUGGCUGUCCAAGUUCAACGACCAGUACCAGUGGCUCCAGAUCGACCUGCAGGAGGUGGGCGUGGUCUCCGGCAUCCUCACGCAGGGCCGAUGCGAUGCAGACGAGUGGAUCACUAAAUACAGCAUCCAGUAUCGCACCGUGGAGUCUCUCAACUGGGUCUACUACAAAGACCAGACAGGAAACAACAGGGUUUUCUAUGGGAACUCCGAUCGUUCGUCCACAGUACAAAACCUGCUGCGACCCCCCAUCGUGACCCGGUACAUCCGCCUGCUGCCGCUGGGCUGGCACACCCGCAUCGCCAUCAGGAUGGAGCUGCUGAUGUGCAUGAACAAGUGCAUGUGA